UCCCUCCCUCUCUUUCUCUGAUGUUUCCUCUUCUCCAAGAAGAAACUGAAACAUUCAAAAAACCCUAUUUCUCUCUCUCUCUCUCUCUCCCUCUCAAAACUCCUUCAAGGCUUCUAGCAGAGUAGUCGUAGUUGACCCAGACUCCCUCCACUCCCCACCUCUUAAAUAUAUACUCUCUUUUUCUCUAAUUUCGCUUAUAUUCCCAGUCUUAUUUUCUGUGUGUAUGUACCAGCGAAGAAGAAGAAGCAAUUAAGAUGAACGACCUCUUCUCUUCCGGCUCCUUCUCUGGGUUCCGAGGCCAGCAGGUCUCCUCCGACCAUCACGUCAUCGAGAUGUCCUCCACGGUCGUCCACCUCGACAAGUUCUUCGAGGACGCCGAUUCCGUGAAGGACGAGCUCAAGGAGCUGGACCGCCUCAACCACGCUCUCCGUAGCGCGCACGAGCAGAGCCAGACCCUCCACAACGCCAGGGCCGUCAAGGACCUCCGCUCCCGCAUGGACGCCGACGUGGCGCUCGCUCUCUUGAAGGCGAAGCUCGUCAAGGCCAAGCUCGAGGCCCUUGACCGCUCCAACGCCGACCACUGCAGCCUCCCUGGCUGCGGACCGGGUUCUUCGUCGGACCGGACCCGGACCUCCGUCGUGAACGGGCUCCGGAAGAAGCUCAAGGACUCCAUGGACAGCUUCAAUGGCCUGAGGCAGCAGAUUUCCUCAGAGUACCGGGAGACUGUACAACGGAGGUACUUCACAGUCACCGGUGAAAAUCCUGAUGACAAGACCGUUGACCUUCUCAUCUCCACAGGUGAGAGUGAGACAUUCUUGCAAAGAGCGAUUCAAGAGCAAGGCAGGGGCAGAGUUUUGGACACCAUACAAGAGAUUCAAGAGAGGCACGAUGCGGUGAAGGAGAUGGAGAAGAAUCUGAAAGAGCUACACCAGGUGUUCCUUGACAUGGCCGUCCUGGUCCAGGCCCAAGGCGAGCAAUUAGACGACAUCGCCCUCCACGUGGAGAGGGCUCAUUCGUACGUUAAAGAUGCGGCCCGUGAGUUGCAGGGUGCCAGGGCGUACCAGAAAAACACCCGGAAAUGGAGCUGUUGUGGCAUUUUACUUUUGUUGGUCAUCAUCGUGUUUCUGUUGGUGCUCCUUAAGAUCUUUAAUGUCAUAUAAUAGAGCCAUUGAUAUUCAGCUACCUACGAGAGUAUUGUACUUAAAUUAUCGUGUUUUUUUUU